AUGACGUCAGUUGCACCAAUUACAACACAACCUGGAGCGUUCCCAGAAGGAAUAAGUUUAGAACAUUUAGUUAGCGAGCAACCUGUAUCAGGAGAGGCCUUGACAGAUAAUGACGUCAUAACACAACAACCUAGAAGACGUUCUUGUGAUAAAAAUAGUGCUAACUCGGGAUGUGGUGAUUGCUAUGGACCCCAUAAUGACAAUUGUUGUUGCUGUUGCUGUUGUUGUUGUGUAUGUGAAUGUCAUUGCGAUCAACAUCAUUGCUGUUGCUGUAAAUGUGAUGAUGGUGGUUGUUACUCAAACUUUGUAGAGAAGUCAUGCUUUGAUAGUUAUAUUGGGUGUUUAGCGGGAUGUUGUGAUUGUAUACAGUGUAAAUGGCACUGCUGCGAUGGAUGUUGCGAUAACUGCCAGAGUAGCUGCCCUUGCGGACAUAACUGUAACGACAAUGUAUGCCACUGUCAUAACCCGUGCUGUAUAUGUCUAGAUAAGUUGUGUAGUAAAGGAUGUUUCGGAUUGUGUGAAAACGAUUGCGAUUCGUGCUGUUGCGAUGGGUGUAAUUGUUGCGAUGGUUGCGAUGGUUGUGAUGGUUGCGAUGGAUGUGAUGGUUGCGAUGGAUGUAGUGGUUGCGAUGGAUGUAGUGGUUGCGACUUUGGUGGUUUUUAA